AUGGCAUCUGCUCGCACAGUUGUGUUUGUGUCCUCCCCAUUGCAGCAGCAGACAUCGGCUGCGUGGUUUGUGCAGGCGCUUGCAGAGCUCAAGAACGUCAUCAAGCUCCACGCAUGGUGGCAGAGCGCCUGUUUUUGGCAGUUCUCCUCAAACGGCAAAACAAGCACCGGUUGGUUGUCAUCUGACGAAGCUGUCGAUGUGCUGACGCGCAUCACAGAACUCGAUCACAGCAGCUGGGCACACUUUCCCGCGCUUCACACAUCGCCAACUCUUGUUCCUGCAUCCAUCGAGGCGUUUAGCAACUUGUACGUGUUUGCAGACACUCUUCAGCAGCAUGUACAACAAGUUGCUUCGAGUGCGCUAACGGCUCUGGAGGAGCCGGAGCAGAGCGAGCUGGUGCUGCUCCAUGCUGAAGGCUCAAACGUGGCUGCGCUGAUUGCGGAGGAUGCUGGUGGUACUGGUAUGGACACGGACGGAGACUUGACGCUCCCAGAGGACUUUGCGGUCAAGCACGUCGCCGCGUCCAGACACACGCUCAGCAUGUUCUUUCGGCAGUGGUGGCAGCCAUCGUCGGCGCUGGCCCACCGCCAGGCCUGUAUCACCCUUGCCAACGAGGUUCAGGUCCAAUGCGACCUCCAGCCAGUCGUGUUGGAUCCGGUCGCCAACAUCCCGGGCCCAUAUGGCGCCCACUUCCAGUUGUCCAUGAAACCGCGCCGCAUGCGCGCGCACGCGCUCGUGGAUGACGCGGCUGCAAGCGAGCCGGCCGACCUCCAGUUUGUGGCGCGUGCACAGGUCGCCAGCGUCACCUCCGCCUUGCUGUUUGGGACCACAUUUAUCCUGAAGCCCACAACCCUCCCCAGCCUCUCGUGGGUGAAGCUGAAGGAGCACAGCCAGCGCUUUGAGGCUCUCGCCCGCAGGCUGCAAACAGAAGGCACAAAGCUGGUGUUGGAGAAGCAGUGCGACUUUGGUCUUGCAUCCUACUUUGUCGUGUUCCCUGCCGUCGAACCGUCACACCUGUCGUCAUCAUCGCAGCCACCCCCGCCGGUGCUCUGGCUCAAGGCCGUGGCUAGCCGGGAGCUGAUGAACCACGUAGACACGGCAUGGGGCAUUGAUCCAACCGACACACAGCAGCAACAGGACACGGCCAUCGCCUCAGCCAUACACACCGCUCUCACAGAGGUGCCGAGCCUCGGACGGUUCAACCCGCUUGACUUUGAGUCGCACCUGUUUGCGGCGCUGCCGUCUGGUCCGCGGAGGUCGAGUGGGCACGCAAGCACAGCGAAGCGGCGAAGCGACGAUCACGCCAACCACAGCAGCGUCGACCACGACAUCUCUGUCAGCGGCAGCACAGACAGCACAACCACCACCAGUAGCAGCAAGGGCGGCGGUGGCAGUGGCAGGAGUGGCCACAGCGCCAGCAGUAGCAAGGCCCAGUCAUCGUCGUCAUCAUCACGCGCAGUACCGUCCCAGCGCCGCAGCCGCCGCACGCGCAGAUCAAAGAGUGCCAAGCAGACCAUGCUUCCUUUCCUGGACUCAACCGCGCUGUGA